UAUUGAUCUUGUUUUGGAGAGGAGGAAACUGAGGUUCAGAGAGAUGAGGUAACUUGUAUAAGGCUACAGAGAGCUAGAAUUCAAACCCAGGUUUGUCUGACUCCCAAGCUUUUGCUCCUACCACCUCUCCAUGCUUCCUGUCUUUAGGAAACGCUUGCAGGUGAGAAUCAGCUCACAGUGUGGGGGGAAAGAGCUUCCCAAAACAGGUCAGAAGUGGGACCACCACUCCUGGGGUUUUGUGGGUGAUCUCAGCACUGGGUAGGUAAUUGAGCUGGUGCCUCAAAUAUUAUUUCCUCUGUUUGAAAGAGGAAGAAACUGAGGCCUAGAAGCAGAAAUGGCCACUCAGGAUGCUAGAUACCCUUAGGAGUCAAGAUGCUGGACACAGGGCUGAGGGAGGUCUGCAUCCCUAGGCCUGAGUCCCAGACCUGUGGCCUUGUCAGUCCUGUGGAAUAGGGAUGGGGAAUGGUCAAGCCAAGCCCCCCAGAGCCUGCCAGAGCCUAGCUGUGUGGCCAGUGCACAGGACCCUGGUCCCAGGGCUCAAGCCCUUGUUUAGCUCCAACUGGGCCACUUCCAGCCUUUGGAGUUGUGAAACUGAACAAAGGAAACAUUUAAAAUAGAAUCCGGUCGCCAGAAUGGGGGGAGUUCUCACACACUACCAAUUUGUCCUCAAUUGCAGACCCCAACAGGAAGAAGCAUACCUUGCAUUUUCCAACUGGAAAGGACCUACUUUACUACCCCCUGCAAGAGGGAGAAAGACUUUUUCCUUGUAGAGCAAGAGUCCAGCCAAUGAGAAGUUGUCACAACUCAGCCAAUGAGAAAACAUCACCAACCUCCAGUGGACUUUUGCUCAAAGUAGCCCCCACUCAACUUCCCUUUUCUUUCCUCUAUAUAACAUUCCCCUUCUUUGUUCUCUGGACUUGCCUAGGGUUUGCUGUAGCUUGCAUAUCCGCAUAUCCUGAGUUGCAAUUCCUCUGUUUUUGAAUAAGCCCGUUUUGCUGGUAAAAUAACUGGCUGUUUUAUUUACAAGCUCCACCAACCAAGUCCAUCAACUCAGGCUUCGAAUCCUGCCUUCGAUGACCUUGAACAAGGUCAUUUACCUCUUGGAGCCUCAUCUGUAAAUGGGGAUGUUUCCUGCCCCAUGGAGUUGAGAUGAGGAUUCCAUGAGACGCUGAUAUAGCAGUGCCUUUGGCACAGUGUCCUCAGUCAGUGCUCUGUGAUCAGUAGCUGUUAGGAUUAUAACAAUUUAUCAUCAUGCGUCUGUCUUCUCACCUGGAGCGUGGGACAGUAAUCCCAGCCAACCUGGUUUCAAGCACAUGACGUCAUGUGUGUGAGUUGUAGGGUCAGUGCAGAUGGCACUUCUGCCACCCAAAGCCUAGCCCAGCCCUGCAGGGGUAGGGAGACACAUCUAGUUCCCAGGACCAGGGGAAGCUGGGUGACAGCCUCAAUCCAUCAAUGACAACCUCGGGCCAGCUAAGCUUUAUGGGUCCAGCAGAUAUUUAAGUGCAUGCGGUGUGUGGGCUAGUCCAGUUCUGCUUCCUCAGCGCGGGCCGCUGCCCAGAGCAGGACCACAGCACCAUGACGGUUUCAUACACCCUCAAAGUGGCAGAGGCUCGCUUAGGAGGCUUCUCCAGCUUGCUUCUCCGCUGGAGGGGAAGCAUCUACAAGCUCCUCUACAAAGAAUUCCUCCUCUUCAUUGCCCUGUAUGCUCUGCUCAGCAUCAUCUACCGGCUCCUGCUGACCCAGGAGCAGAGGCAUGUGUAUGCUCAGGUGGCCCGAUACUGUAAUCGUUCUGCAGAUCUCAUCCCCUUAUCCUUUGUACUGGGUUUCUACGUGACCCUGGUGGUGAACCGCUGGUGGGCCCAGUAUACAAGCAUCCCGCUGCCAGACCAGCUGAUGUGCGUCAUCUCGGCCAGCGUGCAUGGCGUAGACCAGCGUGGUCGCCUGCUGCGCCGCACCCUCAUCCGCUAUGCCAACCUGGCAUCCGUGCUGGUGCUGCGCUCGGUCAGCACCCGUGUGCUCAAGCGCUUCCCCACCAUGGAGCACGUGGUGGAUGCAGGUGUGGACAGGCGCCCCCGCGCUCAGCCUGGCCAACGCAGGUGCCACGCUGGGGAGCCCGGGGGCGGCCCCCCGGGGGCCAGGACCAGAACAUGGGCCUCCUGGGAGGGGGGGAGGUCAAACCCUCGAGGGGCACGUCCUAGCGGCAGGGGAGGUGUCUGCGCCCCCACUCACUGUAUCUCCUCAGGUUUCAUGUCCCAGGAAGAGAGAAAAAAGUUUGAGAGCCUGAAAUCCGAUUUCAACAAGUACUGGAUCCCCUGUGUCUGGUUUACCAACCUGGCCGCCCAGGCCCGGAGGGAUGGGCGGAUCCGUGAUGACAUUGCUCUCUGUCUGCUCCUGGAAGAGCUGAACAAGUACCGGGCCAAAUGCAGCAUGCUAUUCCACUAUGACUGGAUCAGCAUCCCUCUCGUCUACACCCAAGUGGUGACCAUAGCGGUAUAUUCCUUCUUUGCCCUCUCCCUGGUUGGCCGCCAGUUCGUGGAGCCUGAGGCAGGGCGGGCCAAACCUCAGGAGCCUUUAGAGCCGGGCCAGGAGGCGGCGUCCACCAUGGGGGACCUGGACAUGUAUGUGCCUCUCACUACUCUGCUGCAGUUCUUCUUCUAUGCUGGCUGGCUCAAGGUGGCCGAACAGAUUAUCAACCCCUUUGGUGAGGAUGAUGACGACUUUGAGACCAACCAGCUCAUAGACCGCAACUUGCAGGUGUCUCUGUUAUCCGUGGACGACAUGUACCAAAACCUGCCUCCCGCCGAGAAAGACCUGUACUGGGACGAGGACUCCGCGCAGCCGCCCUACACGGUGGCCACGGCGGCCGAGGCUCUGCGGCCUUCCUUCCUGGGCUCCACCUUCAACCUUCGCAUGAGCGACGACCCCGAGCAGAGCGUGCAGGUGGAGGCGUCCCCAAGGUCCGCUCGGCCGCUGCCUGCCACGCAGACCCCGCUGCUCGGCCGCUUCCUGGCUGCGGGAGCACCCUCCCCGGCCAUCAGCCUCAGGACCUUCGGCCGCGUGCGAGGAACCCCCUGGACCCCGCAUGUGCUGCGCUUACGAGCGGAGGAGAGUGGCGACCCCGAGGCCGCGGACCGCAUUGAGGAGGCGUCAGUGCGGUCAGAGGACGAGGCCGGGGAGCCCUGAUUGGAGGCUGCCGGGCACAGGCCGUCCUGCCCGCCUGCCCCAGGCCUACCUCGGCUCACUUUCUCAACCCCCUGCUGACCUCCAGCGCUAUUAGAGCGCUUGCUGUGUCGCUUGCUGUUUCCUGAGCGGGAGAAUUCAGGGACGGACCUUGAAGGGGCAAUAUGGCGGGGCCGGCGUUGGGGCUGGGAAUAUGCCCAUUUUGGCAGAAGGUAGGAUGGCUUGCUUGGGGAAGGUGAGGCUGGGGUAAAUGGGCGGGGCCUAGGGAACAAGAACCCAGAUGCAUUAAUUUCCUGGGCAAUAGGUUGCUGGGCGCGGUCUCAAACCUGCGGGAGCAUCAGCUGCACUAAAGGGCCUGUUCAGAAUAGUUCCGGGUGCCACUCCCAGAGCUUCUGAUUCAUUAGAUCUGGGAUGGAACUCAAGAAUUUGCAUUUUUAGGGAAGUUCCCAGGUGAUGGUGCUGCUGCUGGUCCAGGCAUCACAAUUUGAGUCCUUUAUAAAAAGAUGUUGAGGGGCGCCUGGGUGGCUCAGUUGGUUAGGCGACUGCCUUCGGCUCAGGUCAUGAUCCUGGAGUCCCUGGAUCGAGUCCCGCAUCGGGCUCCCUGCUCAGCAGGGAGACUGCUUCUCCCUCUGACCCUCCCCCCUCUCAUGUGCUCUCUCUCUCUCUCUCAAAUAAAUAAAUAAAAUCUUUAAAAAAUAUAUAUAUAAAAAGAUGUUGAGGAUAUACCUUACCCUGGUAAUCUUACUCUGAAGAGGGAUCAGAGUGUGUGUGCUGGGGAACUUUUGCUUUACCUGUAAUAUUCAACUUUUUAUUUACAAUGAGAAUAUAAUCGUUUAUUACUUGUGCAAUUACAGUUGUUUAAGUUGGCAUGCUGUGAAGUGGGAUAAAGAUAAUAUGGUAAAAGCUUGGGAAUCUGUCCUGGAGGCUGAUCCAACUUAGAUGUGAAGGCAGUUGUACACCACCCAGCCUAGACCUUGGGUGGGCGUUUGGACUUCUGAGUGCCUCACCCUUUUCUGCUCCCACCAGCUGAACAGGAGAAAGCAUGAUUUAUGGGGUGAAAGCUGCGAGUCCGGCUCUGUGGCGGGCCUGCAGCGUUGGGGGGGACCCAGCCUCAUGGAGCACAGAUCGUGUUGACUGAACUGAGCUCCGCGCUGCAAGUUCAGCCCCCACCAAGGAAAUUGGUGACUGCCAAAACGGAGUCCUAAG